CAAGCACGUGGCUAAUGAAUUUUACUUGCUAUAAACUCCGCAGUUUUGCGGUGAACUAUAGAGCUGCACAGCACAAGGUCGACUUCCUCUACGACGUCGGUUCCUGGCUCUCCAUUUAUCGCCGGCGGCACUCUCUCCGGCUCCAUCAUCCGGAUCGUCAUUUUAUCAACAGGGUUGCUUUCCGCUCACAUAUACCUCUGUUAGCCUGCAAUGGCUUCCAUUGACCCCUCACUAGCUUUGGAGAUUUUAGUUAGGGGACCAGAAGGGUUUUGUCUCUGGAACGGGCCCCCAUUCAGCAAUGGUCAACCUGGUAUCAAGAUUGAAAAGGUUCCUUGCAGUAAUGCAAAGUUCAGUGAAGAUGGAUCCAGACUCAUGGUGAUGAAAUCUGAUUCCGUGAUUAGCAUCUAUGACUGCAGAAGCUCCAAAGAAAUCAGAUCUUUUCAAGUCCCCAAUGUAGCUGCAGCCAACUUGUCCCCAUGUGGGAAUUUUUUUCAAACCUUUCAAAAAUCCUCAACUCCACAGGACAAAAAUGUGAAUUUAUGGAAGAUUGAAACUGGUGAUUCUGUUUAUAACCACUUUCAAAAAAACACAACAACAGCCACAUGGCCCUCAAUUCGAUUUAGCUCUGAUGAAGCUGUUGCAUGUCGACUGGCAACUAAUGAGAUCCAAUUUUUUGAUGCUCAAGAUUUCUCCAAAGGAGUUGUCUAUAGGCUAAGAGUUCCUGGAGUGGCAGCAAUUGAGCUUUCUAAGGCACCUGGGUCCCAUGUGGCAGUAUUUGUUCCAGAAUCUAAGGGGGUUCCUGCCAGCAUCCAGAUAUUUUCCUGUGGAAAAGAUUCACAGAGUCAACCUAUUGCUCGUCGGAGUUUUUUCCGAUGUUCAACAGUGCAAUUAAAUUGGAAUCGUGGCUCAUCUGGACUUCUAGUUGUGGUGCAGUCUGAUGUUGAUAAGACCAACCAGAGUUACUAUGGAGAAUCAAAGCUAAACUACUUGACUACAGAUGGGACAUAUGAAGGAGUUGUGUCUCUUCGUAAAGAGGGUCCUGUUCAUGAUGUUCAGUGGUCUUACUCUGGUUCAGAGUUUGCCGUUGUUUAUGGAUUUAUGCCCGCUAAAGCAACUGUGUUUGACAAGAAGUGUAAUCCUCUGCUUGAGCUUGGAACAGGCCCUUACAACACUAUCCGCUGGAACCCGAAAGGGAAAUUUCUAUGUUUGGCGGGCUUCGGUAACUUACCUGGUGACAUGGCAUUUUGGGACUACACAGAGAAAAAGCAGCUUGGAACAACUAAGGCCGAAUGGUCCGUUACAAGUGAGUGGUCUCCAGAUGGCCGGUAUUUCAUGACUGCAACAACAGCUCCGAGACUACAAGUUGACAAUGGGAUUAAAAUUUUCCACCACAAUGGGUCCUUGUACUUCAAGAAGAUGUUUGACAAGUUGUACCAGGUCGAUUGGAAACCGGAGUCACCUGAUAAGUAUCCUGAAAUUGUGGAACUCAUCAAGUCUAUUGACUCUUUAAAGGUUGAAGGCACCAAACCACAAGGACAAGGGUCAAAAUCUUCCCAGGCCUCCACAAAAACCACCUCCAACAACCCUCCUGCACAGAAACCUGCAGCAUAUCGCCCACCACAUGCUAAGAAUGCUGCUGCCGUUCAGGCAGAGCUAUUUGGGGAGAGUCCUCAAGAAGCAAUGAGCAAGAAUGCUUUGAGAAACAAGAAAAAAAGGGAGAAACAGAAGGAAAAAAAGGCUGCUGAGGCUGGUGGUGGUUCAUGAUUAUAUGCAGGAAUGCUUUGAGAUGGCUACUAAGUGCAUCAUAUACAUUUGACGCACUGAAGCAUGACUUUGAUACUCCCGGUGUGAAUGCCGCUGCAGUAUAUCCUUCUUGAUCAGAUUUCAGCGGGUAUGGUUCUCGAGCGGGAUUCGGCUUAUAAUUCUUGAACAAUUUUGAGGUCGACAAAAUAAAAGCAUUCAACUAUGAGCAUGUAUCCAUGUAUGUGAUGCGUACUUUGUCAUGCUGUUUCGGAAGAAUUGUGAUGUUACUAGACGAGUCAUAGAUCUAUUUAUUUUAAGCAAUAUCGCUUAUGGAAGAGUUAAUUUCAGCAG